CUUGUAAUUAACCGGGUUUUUCCCGGUUGGAAUAGAAAAUCCUCACCGCUUUGCUCCUGAUUCAAUUCAAUUCAAUGUAAGAAAAAAAAAAUCGAAAAUGUCAUUUUCGAGGUUCUUAUUGAGAAUCCACAACCCUCUUUUCUAUCUUGUACUUACACCAACUUCUUCUUCUUCCACUGUGUCAUCAUCUUCUUUACCGUUGACUUUGAGCAGUGGUAGAGGCAAAUCAUCACUUUCAACAAAAGCUUCGUUAUCAUCAGCAACAGAUAUGGUUAAAGCUAUCAGAGUUCAUGAUCUUGGUGGCCCUCAGGUUCUGAAGUGGGAGGAUGUGGAAAUUGGAGAGCCAAAAGAAGGGGAGAUUCGUGUGAGGAACAAAGCAAUUGGGGUUAAUUUUAUUGAUGUCUACUUUCGUAAAGGAGUUUAUAAAGCACCCUCUUUACCCUUCACUCCAGGUAUGGAGGCUGUUGGGGUUGUGACAGCUGUGGGCGCUGGACUCACUGGUAGGCAAGUUGGAGAUCUUGUAGCUUAUGCGGGUCAGCCAAUGGGCUCAUAUGCUGAAGAGCAGAUUCUUCCUGCAGAUAAAGUAGUCCCUGUCCCUCCAUCAAUUGACCCAGCUAUUGCAGCAUCCAUCAUGAUGAAGGGCAUGACAACUCAAUUUUUGCUUCGACGUUGUUUCAAGGUUGAACCUGGUCACACGAUUCUUGUUCAUGCUGCAGCUGGUGGAGUUGGAUCCCUAUUGUGCCAGUGGGCAAAUGCUCUUGGCGCAACUGUUAUAGGAACUGUAUCCAAUAAAGAGAAGGCAGCUCAAGCCAUGGAGGAUGGCUGCCAUCAUGUUAUAAUCUAUAAAGAAGAGGAUUUUGUUUCCCGUGUCAAUGAAAUUACGUUGGGCAAUGGAGUUGAAGUUGUCUAUGAUUCUGUUGGAAAGGAUACCUUUGAGGGAUCUUUGGCAUGCUUGAAGCUUCGAGGCUACAUGGUAAAUUUUGGACAGUCAUCAGGUACACCAGAUCCAGUUCCAUUAUCUUCUUUGGCUACAAAAUCCCUGUUCUUGACAAGGCCCAGCCUAAUGCAAUAUGUUGCAACUCGGGAUGAGCUAUUGGAGACUGCUGGGGAGUUGUUUGCUAAUGUUGCUUCUGGCGUCUUGAAGGUGCGAGUUAAUCAUACUUACCCAUUGUCUGAGGCAGCUAAAGCACAUGAAGACCUGGAGAAUCGGAAGACCUCAGGAUCUGUUGUGUUGAUACCCUAAGGCUAUCAGUUGCAUGUAGUUGUUAAACACCAGGCCCUUGUUUGAUUCCUCUUUAAAUGAAAUAUAGUUUGUGAAUGCUAUUGCUCAUGUAUGUGAUUCACCGUUUGUCGCUGUACUUAAAUGAUUUUUCUGUUAUCAUG